CUAACUGAUCAAAGCACUUGGAGAAGAUUAAAACCGCCUAAGAAGAUUGCUGUAGAAAACAUAGUUAAAUACCGUGACAGGCAACGAGAUGACUUUAUUGACAGAAUGAUUGAAAGUGCUCAGGAAAGAGGUCUAGCUACCCGGUUCGCAAGAGAACUUGGAAUCGAACCAUGUGUGGCUCAAGGAUGGUAGAAAAAUACACAGAGAAACGGAAGAAGUGCCUUAC